AUGGCGUGCCUGGCUUCCCUCCUCCCCAUGUGCUUCCUCCUCCUCGCCAGUGCCAGGGUCCAAGGGGAAUAUGGUGUGGUCCACGUGGUGUCGAAGAAUUGGAGCAAAGACUACUGUGUCCUGUUUAGAUCUGACUACGUAACCCUGCCCCAGGACUUGCACCACGCCCCACUCCUGCCCCUGUAUGAUGGCACCAUGGCACCCUGGUGCCCAGGUGAGGACUCCUCCCACUUGGCCCAGCCCAAGUCCCCCAGCCAGCGGCCCCUCCGUCAGACCACCGCCAUGGUCAUGAGGGGCAACUGCAGCCUCUACGCCCAGGGCUGCCUGGCUCAGGGACAGGGUGCCCAUGGGCUGCUCAUCGUGAGCCGGGUCAGCAGCCAACAGUGCUCAGACACCACCCCGGCUUUCCAGGACCCGCAGAAGCCCCUACCAGACCUCACCAUCCCUGUGGCUGUGCUCCGCUACGAUGACAUGCUCGACAUCCUCAGUCACACUUAUGGGGACACCGCUGUCUGCGUGGCCAUGUACGCACCCCCUGAGCCCAUCAUCGACUACAACAUAGUGGUCAUCUUCAUCCUGGCUGUAGGCACCGUGGCUGUGGGUGGCUACUGGGCCGGCCUGAGUGAGGCCGACUGGCUGCAGCGGCGCCGGGCCCGAGGAGGAGGAGGGCCCGGUGGUCACAAUCAGCCGCCAGCCGCGGCAGCCCAGGGGAUGCCUCAUGGGGUCCAGGAGGAAGAAGACGAGGAUGCCCCCGUGGACUUCACACCAGCCAUGACGGGCGUGCUGGUCACCAUGUGCUGCUCCAUCAUGCUGCUGCUCUACUUCUUCUAUGACUGCUUUGUCUAUGUCAUGAUCGCCAUCUUCGGCCUCGGUGCUGGCACCAGCCUCUACAGCUGCCUGACACCCCUGGUGCACCACCUACCCCUGCAGCAAUGCCAGUGGCCCCUGCCCGGCUGCCGGGCUUCUCUGCAGCUGCCUCUGCUGCUGCUGGCAGGCCUGUGCACCAUGGUGACCGUCCUCUGGGUGGCCUAUCGCAAUGAGGACUGCUGGGCGUGGCUCCUGCAGGACACGCUGGGCGUAGCCUCCUGCCUUUUCAUCCUGCGGCGCGUGAGGCUGCCCACCCUCAAGAACUGCACCUCCCUCCUGCUGGCCCUGCUGGCCUUUGAUGUUUUCUUCGUCUUCAUCACGCCACUCCUCACCAAGACUGGCGAGAGCAUCAUGGUGGAGGUCGCCUCAGGCCCUGCAGACUCUUCGAGCCAUGAGAGGCUGCCCAUGAUGUUCAGAGUUCCCUGGCUGAGCUUCUCGGCCUUGACACUGUGCGACCAGCCUUUCUCCAUCCUCGGCUUUGGUGACAUUGUGGUCCCCGGCUUCCUGGUUGCCUACUGUCACCGCUUUGAUGUGCAAGUCUGCUCACGCCAGGUCUACUUUGUGGCCUGCACUGUGGCCUAUGCUGUGGGCCUGCUGGUCACUUUUAUCGCCAUGGUCCUUAUGCAGAUGGGCCAGCCUGCCCUGCUCUACCUAGUGUCCAGCACCCUGCUCACCAGCCUGGCUGUGGCCACCCACCGCCAAGAGCUCACCCUCUUCUGGACUGGCCAGGGCAAAGCCAAGACGUCUGCCUGGCCUGUAGCAGAGCCCUGCAGUUCCCCUUCAUCUGGCUCUGAACAGAAACAGGAGGGCCCAAUAGACAUCCACACAGCCAGCGAGUUUGAGCAGGCCACCGACCAAGGGAUGGGGGACUUAGACAGCAACCGUGAGGAAGACAUGGCUGAGAUUGUCACCAUAUCCGAGGAUGAAGCCACCAGCCCAGGGGGAGAGAGUGAUAGCUCUGAGGGCUGGAGUGAUGCCCACCUGGAUCUUGACAAGCUGCCCCCCGCCACCCCCAGGACCUCAGAGGGACUGAAGUUGCUGAUGCCGAAGGCCAUGUUGAGCCCACUGAUGCCACCAAUGCCACUGCCCUCAGAGCUGGGCCACAUCCACACCCAGGCCCAGGCCCACGACACUGGCCUGCCCUGGAUGGGGCUCCACAAGAGGAAGGGCUUGAAGGUAAAGAAGAGCAUGUCGACCCAGGCUCCCUUGUGA